AGCAGGCAAGGCAGAGACACCUGAACUCAGCUCCAGGGGACCAGGUAGGAGCAGCGCCAAGGCCCGUGGCUAGCUACGGGUGAGCUUAGGGCUCCCUAGAUAAGCCCCCCCCCCCACCCCGGGCCUUCUCUUUGACCUUGUGAUCACAGAUCGGCAUAGGGGCUGGGAGGCAGACCGAGAGCUCCUCAAAAGCUCUACCCUGCUUGGACCUGGGAAGGCGAGCCAGCUGCUGAGACGGGAGUGCCGAGCUCCACCUCCCUCUCCUCUCUUGGCCGAGAGUCAGGCAUCCUGGGUUGAGAUCUGGCCGUCCUUACCCACUUUGAAGGGCAGAGGCCACUGUGGGCCUCCGACUCUGACACGCCCUCCUCUACCUUUUCCAGAGAGCUGAGGUGAUUUCCCCUGCCGCCUUAUCUCCUUGUUCCCGGAGGUUUGGGAAAUCAGCAGGGUAUUCCUUGGUCCCGGGACUCCCUGUGCCUGCCAGGGGCCCUCCUUCAAGGUGGCCUCCCUUCCUCCGGGCCAUGGCCAGCAGCGACACCCCGGUGCUCGGCUCCCCCAGCCCGUCCCCAGGGCCCGGCUCUGGCAGCGGGGACAUGGAAGUGGCCUGCUGGUUUGACGAAGAGUUCAAGUUCAUCCUGCUCCCGGUCAGCUACGCCGUGGUCUUCGUGGUGGGCUUGAGCCUCAACAUCCCCACUCUGUUCCUCUUUCUCUUCCGCCUCCACCCCUGGGACGCCACGGCCACGUACAUGUUCCACCUGGCGCUAUCUGACACCCUCUACGUGCUGUCGCUGCCGACCCUCAUCUACUACUACGCGGCCCGCAACGACUGGCCCUUCGGGACCGGCCUCUGCAAGUUUGUGCGUUUUCUCUUCUACUGGAACUUGUACAGCAGCGUCCUGUUCCUGACCUGUAUCAGCGUGCACCGCUACCUGGGCAUCUGCCACCCGCUGCGGGCCCUCCGCUGGGGCCGGCGCCACAUCGCCAAUCUCAUCUGCCUGGCCGUCUGGCUGAUCGUGGCCGCUUGCCUGGUGCCCAAUCUCUUCUUCGUUACCACCAGCACUCGAGGGGACACUACCUUGUGUCACGACACCACGAAACCCGAGGACUUUGACCACUACGUCCAUUUCAGUUCGGCCAUCAUGGCUCUGCUGUUCGGGCUCCCCUUUCUGGUCACCCUGGUGUGCUACGGCCUCAUGGCGCGGCGUCUGUGGCGGCCCCUGCCCGGCGCGGCCCAGUCCUCCUCCCGCCUCCGCUCUUUGCGCACCAUUGCCGUGGUGCUGACCGUCUUUGCCAUCUGCUUUGUGCCCUUCCACAUCACCCGCACCAUCUACUACUUGGCACGGCUCCUGGAGGCGAAUUGUUACACGCUGGGCAUCGUCAAUAUCACCUACAAGGUGACCCGCCCGCUGGCCAGCGCCAACAGUUGCCUGGAUCCCGUGCUCUACCUCCUCACGGGGGACAAAUAUCGGCGGCAGCUGAGGCAGCUCUGCUGCAAAAGGCCCAAUCAGCCCCGUACGGUUUCCUCCCUGGUACUUGUGUCCCGGCCUGAGGAGAGCAGCUGCAGAUAAUCGGCAGCCUUUCCCUGGAAAUCUCAAGUGGGAGAGAGCAGCCCCCUCGUCUUGUGGACACAAACUCUUCUUGGCAUAUGGAUACCCUGAGCGAUCUGUGAUUUCCCGGAUGUGUAUAUUUCCUCUAAUAGUGCAGAUUUCAACCCAUCCUGAGGAACUCUCGACAUAUCCUCCCAUAGGUCCUCGAUGGAGGCUCCAUACAAAGAAGCAGGGUUAGGGUGGGCCCUCACUCCUCCCUCCCCCAGUCACAUUUCUGAGAUAUCCCAUUCUGAGUUCUGGAACAUUCAGGCUUUCAUGGGAGCAUCUAUUCAGAGAGAUCAGUUUAUCUACUCCCUCUACUUAUUUUCAGAUGAAGAAACUAUGGCCUCCCGACUUGCCUGGAGUCACAUGGCUAGGAAGUCAUAGCACUGGGAUUUGAGCAUGGGGCCUCAGGACUCUACCUCCAUUUGACUUUCUACUGUAUCACAGUGCUUUUCUCAGUUGUCCCAGACUUUACCCUAUGUUUCUGAGCUCUCUACCUGCCUCCAACAGGCCUUCAUUUUCUUACCUUUGCCCUAUCAGCCUGCCCUGAUCCCCAAGUGGUAAAUAAACCUGGGUCCCCAGUUUCCAGAGCCAAGGCUCAUUCCAUGGUGUUCUGGGUUAGUCUAUCUUUGCGCUCUCUCAGCACCCUGAUUAAUGGCUGGCAAAUAGUAGGCAUGGGAUCCUGGAUUUAGUUCACUGGUGAAGGGAAAGUGAGAUGGUUUAUUACCUGCUCUCCCUCUCCCCAUCUUUUUUCUGUCUCCAUCUUCCUCCCUCUCCUCUCUUUUCUCCUCCUUCCCCUCUCUCUAUCUCUGAUUUGGUCUCUCCCGCUGUGUCUCCCUUUCUCUGUCUCUCCAUCCCUCUCUGUCUGCCUAUCUGUCCCCUUCUCCCUCCACUUGAAUAGCCCUGCUUCUCCACCCACAAUGUCGGGGCGGCCUCUUCUCAUCCUUGAGCCAGCAGCCGCCUCGGGUGGGAGCUUCUGGGGGGUUAGAGCAGCUCUCUAGCCCGAGGUUACCCUCUCCAGGGCUCAGAGGCCUCUUCUCCUGGCUCGUAGGCCCGUUGAUAAGUCUUUUCCUGCCCCGGUAAGCAUGAUCUCUCAGAUGCCCUUGUGCCUAUCUGCCUAUUGACUCCACCAGCCAUGUUGUGCCUCCUAUUGGACCCAGGCCAGAGCUAUUGCCUAAAGAGGUUGUACUUGUACCAACAACCAGCUAGGACCUGUCUGCUGGCCUUAUUCUCCACUAUUAUCCAGCUACAGGCAAGGGUCUCCUAGCAGGGAGAGUCCCGGGCUUUCCUGUUUCAGGGUGUGGCUGAAACUUCCUAAGGUCUCAUGUAGUAAUGGGAAGGAUUCAAAUGAAUGCCCCCCCUGGUUGGGGGAUGGGGAGGGGAGGGAAAAGGGGGAACAAGACUGUACAGAUAAAGGAGGGGGAUUUGCUAUGGAGAAAACAAGUGGACAAUAUAGUUGGCCCCCAGUUCCUUGGUCAGGGUUACCUCUUCCCCUGUCACCCCUUAGCAGAUACUGACCAGGAACUGCUCCUGUUCUGCCCUGAGAAGGGUCCUGGGAUUCAGGGGAGAGGGCAAAUUGGGAUUUGGUAGCUACCAGAUUGAGAUUAGAUUACCAGAAUUGGAAAUGGAUGGAUUAGAUGGCAAAGGGAUUGUAUCCAGAGAAGAAUAGAGAAUUGAUAGUUUAGCUUUAGUAGAAGGAGACUUAACAGUGAAAUUAGGGAAAGAGAGGAGGCUGAACCGUUCUUCACAGCAGAGAAGUGGGGAGCUCAUUUACAAUGCUAAAAGCAGUCACUGGGGUCCUUGGUUUUCCUUAACUGCCUUUCUUGAUUAUAAGGGAAGGUUCAUUUGGGGUGGGGUGGGGAGAGGUGAAUAUCUGGAAAUGACUGUGAUGGAUAACCAAAAGGCAUCAAUAAAACGUAAUGUUUUGUUUUGUUUUUUACAAA